UGGGAUUCAAGCAAGAGCUCAAGAAGUUCCGUGUGGUGUUGAGCAUGGUCAGGGGGGUGCUGCAAGAUGCAGAAGAGAAGAAGGUGACAGGUCACUCUGAUCUGCAACCUUGGCUUAAGGAGCUUGGAAAUAUAGUUGAUGAAGCUGACAAUGUGGUGGAUGAGAUUGCAUAUGAACAUCUAAGGUACAAGGUGGCUCAAAAACAAAUUUGGAAAAAGGUCAGCUAUUUCUUUACUCUUUCCAAUCCUUUAGCUUUUCGCCUUAAGAUAGCUAAUAGGAUUAAGGAUUUGAAUUUAGAUCUAGCUAGCCUUAAUGAUUGGGCCACUGGACUAGGGCUUCAACAUAGACUCGCAAACAAGCUUCCUGAACAUAUAGGAAUCCAACAGACAAAUUCCUCACUUGUUGGUAUGGGAGGGAUAGGCAAAACUACCAUGGCAAAACUAGUGUACAACAAUGAGUUGAUAGAGAAACAUUUUUACAAAAAGAUGUGGGUUUGUGUUUCUGAAAAUUUUGAUGAGAAAAAAAUAUUAGCAAUGAUGCUGAAAUCUCUCAUCACUAAUGAGAAAGGUCAUGUGAAUUUUGAAGAUAAAGAAGCUGUAGUUCAGAAACUUAAAGAAAAGUUUGUGCAAAAAAACUCUUCUGAAGAGAUUGAGGAGAAAAACUAUCUCCUCAUUCUAGAUGAUGUAUGGAAUGAAGAACAGCUGAAAUGGGAUAACUUAAAAAAAUGUUUGUUGGGAAUAGGUAAAAGGGGUGGGAAUAGAGUUCUUGUCACAACUAGAAUUGAGAAAGUAGAUUCCAUAAUGGGAGCCAAGCACAUGCAUCUUGACAAGCUAACGAAAGAGGAUUGUUGGUCUAUUAUCAGGCUUAAAGCAUUUGGCAACUCUCCUAAUUCUUCGAAAUUGGAGGAAUUGGAGGAAUUGGAGGGUAUUGGAAGGAACAUUGCUGAGAAAUGUAAAGGUGUGGCAUUAGUUGCAAAUGUUGUAGGGGGGACAUUGUGCAAUAAUAUAAACAAAGAUUAUUGGACAUCAAUUAGAGAUGACAAGGAAGUAUGGGAUUCAAUAGAAAAUGCUGAUGGAGUUUUGCGUGUAUUACAAUUAAGUUUUGAUCGGUUGCCAAUACCUGCUUUAAAACAAUGUUUUGCUUUUUGCUCUAUUUUCCCCAAAGACUUUGUCAUGGAAAAGGAGAUGUUAAUCCAACUCUGGAUGGGUGAAGGAUAUCUUCAACCAUUUAGAAAAAGCUACAAGAAGAUGGAAGAUAUUGGUGGCAAAAGUUUGCCAAGUGGGUUGCCAUCAUGCACUGCUCUUGAGAAAUUGGAUAUCUCCAACUGUGAUAAUCUAAUCUCUAUUCCAGAUGAUUUGAGGAGGAGCUGGAGCACCCCUAACCCUGCCUGCCUUGCUCGCCUAAAGAAGCUGACUAUUGGUGGUUUCUCAACAGAGCUCAAGGAAUUUCCAGAUCUGGGCUUCAUCGGAUCUCAUCUUGAAAUUCCUAGUCAACUGCAUCAGGAUGAUGACAGUGAGCAGCAGGUUGAUGAUAAUAAGCAGCAAGAUGAUGAUAGUGUGCAGCAGGUUAAUGAUAAUGAGCAGCAAGAUGAUGACAAUGAGCAGCAGGUUGAUGAUAAUGAGCAGCAAGAUGAUGAUAGUGUGCAACAGGUUGAUGAUAAUGAGUAGAAAGAUUGUGAGGUUGGACUUUAUUUGCCAAAUUAAAACCUAGAUUCGAAAAUUAAAGGCUGGCAUCAUGGCUUGGUAGCCCAACCCAGACCACAGACUUCAAUGCUGAUUGUGAGGGUGAAAAUAAGAUUCAGAUCCAAGCAUAAAAGAGGAUACAAUUUUAAAAAAUGAAGUUGCUCAAACAAGUAUUGUGAAUGCAUGCAGGCCUCUAGUUCUUCAAAUUAACCUGCAAGCAAUCAGGCUCUAAAACCAUAUGUGAUGUUGGUGACACCCUGCUGAAAAGGCAAAGUGCCAAGCACAACAAUCAUCUCAAAAGCCAUGGAGACCAUUUGAUUUUUAUAAGAUCCAUACAUGAAUUCAGGUAAGCUGUGCUUCCUCAUAAACAUUUCUUUCAAAA